UUUCAGGUUAUGGCAGAUCUUCAGAAACGCUUACAAGCUUUACGUCAACAGUUGGAUGAUAGUAUUAGAUUAUAUUAUUGUCAACAACAACAACAAACGGCGAUGAAUCGAACCAGUAACGGUGGACGAUCAGUAGCAUCUGGAAGUAUGAAGAAUCGUCGAAUACUGCAUCUAUUGCAUCAAGAUGAAACUGAUGCUUGCAUACAAAUAUCGGGGAAUAUGGCAAAGAAAGCUUUCACCAUAGCGACAGUCACGAAAAUACCGAAUAACGAUGCUGUAUUUGAAGAAGUCGAUUCAGUUGCUAAUUCGACUAUAUCACCAUUGCAAGUCAUUGUUAGUUCUGGCAAUCAGCAGCAACAUCCUGUUCCUGAAACAGUAAUUAAUUUCAUGGCAGGAUUUAACAGUCCAGUAGGUAGCAUCGAUUCGGGCAUGUCAUCACUUAGCUCAUCGAACAGCUCACCUGCCUCAUCACCUGGAUGCUCACCAAUUUCCGUCAACAAUGUUCCUUUCCAUUACGUCGUCGAACAACAAGUGAUACCACGUGGCCGCUCAACAAGUGAGUGUUUAAGCGCAACAGUUGGUCUCAAAGGUAUCUUGAAAAAAUCCAUUCCACUAAACAUCACAACAGGACGUUUUUUAAGGUCGUGUUCGGAAUGUCAAAGUAGAGAGAAUGAAGAAAUGAAAAUGGUCAUUGCAGACAUGAAUUAUGAGAACAGCGCAGGAUCUACUCCACGAAAAAAGCAUGUAUCAUUCAGUGAACGUUUAGUCCAAGAGCGGUCAUUCCGACCCAAUUCAUCUAUUCUAAGUCAAAAGAAAAAGAACCAACGAAAACAAAGAAAUAAAAUGAAAAAAAAAGGCGGUUCACCACUGGAAGAUAAUUCAACGGAUGAUGAAGCACGGCAUCGUUCAAAUUCUGAAACGAUGCACUACGCUAUUUGCAAUAACAACAUGGAAGAUGAAAUGGAUCCAAUUGAAUGUGAUUUAGCUGCAUGUGUUUUGGAAGAUCACGUGGUAAUAGAACAAGGCAGAAAGGCUGAUUGUCAUGAGGCUAAAAAAAUUCAUAAACAUAUCCUACGAAUCGGUUCCGAUUGAAAGCGUUGUGUUCACUUGGAUGUUACUGAGACUGUCAGUGCUAUCUAUAUGUAGGAUACAUUCGCUGUCUAACAUUUUUUGGGUUGCACAGUCUGGCUGCUUAUUUUUCCUGAAUAGGAAAAAGAAUGUGUGCUUCUGGAAAAGAAUCUCAUUUUAAACCACCAAUUUUUAUCAUCUCGAUUUUCAUGUCUUUUCAAGUAUUCCAAAUUUUUGCAAACUCC